AGGGCGGUGCGUGAGAAACGGCGGCAAGGGUCCUGCCCGGCCUCCACAUGGCGGUGCGGGGCUACGCCGGGACAAGAAUAGAAGAAGUGACCGCUUCGCCCUCAUUGUACAGUAUCCUUCCCUGGAACAACUCUCAACCAUGAAGAAGUUCCUAGGCAAACUCGAGUCCAAGCUGGACAGCUCCAGCUCCUCUCCCUCAGCGUCUUCCGGCGCUCCUCCUCCCUCCCUCUCCUCCCCACCCUCCUGCACCCAGCUCUAUCGCUACCGAGAGCAGGCAGGCGUCAACCUCGGAUCAUGGUUCAGUCUAGAAGGAUGGCUCUCUCCAUCCAUCUUUGACCAGAAUGGGGCACCAAAGGGAAGCGAGAUGGAUUUGCUCGAGAAGCUUGGACCGGAGAAGGCGAGAGAGGUACUGGAGAAGCAUUGGGAUGGGUGGGUGAAUGAAGGGGAUUGGAAGUGGAUGUCCGCUCAAGGCAUCAAUACGGUGCGUCUCCCACUCGCCUACUAUCACCUCCUUCCCGGCUCCCCCUCCUCCUCCUCCCUCAUGUCGCGCACCGAGUACGAGAAGUACGCCCCUGCCUACACUGCAGCCUGGCAGCGCGUCGUUGCCGCUAUUCAGACGGCCGCCAAAUAUGACAUCGGCGUCCUCAUCGACCUGCAUGGCGCGCCAGGGGCGCAGAAUGGUGAGGGUCACUCAGGCCUGUCAGGGGGAAAGGCGGGGUUGUGGGAUAGCAAAGAUAAGCAGAGGAAGACAAUUGAGAUUCUUGUGGCGCUCGUGGGAGAGGUGCAGCAAUUUGAGAACGUGGUGGGCGUAGAGCUGCUCAAUGAGCCCAAGAAUAGUGGACGCUUGCAGGGCUUCUAUGAGGAGGCUAUCAAGGCGAUUCGGGGGAAGGGCAGUGACAUGCCGCUUUAUGUUAGCGACUCUUGGGACCUCUCCCACUACUCUGGCUGGGCUGCCUCUCAAUCCAACGCAGGCAACUUCAUCGUCGUCGAUCACCACCUGUAUCGUUGCUUCACCCCACAAGACCACUCCACUCCAGCCACAGAGCACGCCAAGCGCUGUCAGCCAGGCGGAGGUGGUCCCACCUGGAACAUGCUAAGCGGAGCCGCCUCCCAGCUCGGUGGGUCGCUCAUCAUAGGCGAAUGGUCCUCUGCUCUGAAUCCUGGUUCACUGCAGGGGCAGGACCAAGGAGAGGCGCAGCGACAGUGGGGUCAGGCACAGAUGGCUGCAUACACGCAGAGUGGAUGCGGAGGCAGCAUGUACUGGACGCUGAAGAAGGAAGGGAAGCCUGAUGCAGGUUGGUGUCUCUACACUGCACUCGAGCAAGGCGUCCUGCCUGCUAGAAUGGGCAGACCUUCCCUCGCCAAGCUGCUGGGCAGUGAUGUUCCAGGCAAGGGCAAGCAGGCGCAAGAUGCUGCUUUCUCAGGUCAUGCCAACUACUGGAAUAGCAAAGGUGCCAAGGGAGACCACGCCGCCUUUGCGCAGGGCUUCGAGCAAGGCUGGAAGGACUCAGUGGCCUUUGCGCAAGCCUCGGAGAGCCUGAUUGGUUUUAGAGGCCAAUGGGCCAAGCAGCGUGCUGAGGCUUGGAAGAGGGAAGGAGGGGAUGGGGGGCAGGCGUGGGAGUUUGAGCAUGGCUGCCGACAGGCGAUUGAGGCAUUCAAGGCGGCGGCAAUGCAGACGUGAGCGUAGGUAGAGGAUGUAACGGGGUAUCGUAUCGUAUUGUGUUGCGCUCUCGUCUAGGCCUUUGUAGCAAAACUCUCCUCCGAGGGGACUGGGUCCUUUGGAUGCUUGGAUUCGUAAUGAACGACGAGGAUCUUGUAUGACUGUUUGUGAGCGAUUGGCAUUGUCAGCAUGAUGUGUUCCCUGCCCCUCCGCCUCUCUGGGCCGCUACCCACUGGAAUGCCA